AUGGCAGCUACGGUAUUGGGAAAGCGGCAGCGUACUGCUGUGGAUAUUGAGGACACUCUGCCUCUUCGUUCUAGUAGCAAGCGCCGAGCUCGUACACCUAAGAUUCAUGAAGAAGAUAGCAACACCCAGACUUCUUCUAUUCGCCUCAGAUCUAGGGUUAUCGAAAGUUGCGAACCACAAUACACGAACCAGAUCAGCGCCAAAGUUUCAACCAACGGUAAUAGUCGUUCGAAACGUAAUGUUCAGAACAACGAUACCUUAUCACCAUCAAAGAGCGACACGCACCUUAAGCCCACGAAGCCACUGGACGCCGAAAAUGUUGUGGUCUCUGAGUUUCGCACUCCUCAGUCGAAGCGGUUUCGCGAUGCGCUUGCCAACUCUCCUCCAGUCACUCCUAAGCAUCGUGUCCAGGUCGUGGGAAAAUCCUUGACACCUCGCACACCUCGUCAUGCUGGCACUCCAGUAGGUGCGAACACAGUCUACACCCCGGCCAGACAAAUGUUUGCACGAAGCGCAAAUCCUGGACGUCUGAUCGGAAGGGAGAAGGAGCGCGCUGAACUCUCGAAAUUUAUUGAAAACGGCAUGCAAUCACGAAAAGGAGGCUGUAUUUACAUUAGUGGGCCUCCUGGAACCGGCAAAAGCGCAAUGAUCGAUGAAGUGUGUCGGGAUCUGAAUGUGGAUGCUGUUGUCAAAUCCGCGCAUGUCAACUGUGUGAGUAUGCGCGCUGCACGAGACAUCUAUGGAAAACUUGUCGAGUCUCUGUGCGAUGACUGCGACGUGUUUUCAGUGAGUGAGAUUGAAAAACUCAGGAGCAUGUUUGUUCCCACCAAAAAGUCGAAAGACUUAUAUUUGGUGACAUUAGAUGAGAUUGAUCAUCUUCUUACCGCCGAUCCAGAAAUUCUCUAUUCCCUCUUCGAGUGGUCACUGAACAGCAAGUCGAAGCUGCUCUUGAUUGGUAUCGCCAACGCUUUAGACCUUACGGAUCGUUUUCUGCCUCGUCUCAAGGCAAACAAUUUGAAACCCAUCCUGCUUCCAUUCUUGCCCUAUAGUGCAGCUCAGAUCGCCAACGUUAUUAAUACCCGUUUGCGAUCACUAGUACCCGAGAGUGAGGCCAAAGCGAGCGGUGACUUUGUUCCUUUCGUUCAGCCAGCAGCUAUACAGUUGUGUGCGAAGAAAGUUGCUUCCCAAACAGGUGAUCUACGCAAGGCUUUUGAUCUGGUGAAACGGGCCAUCGAUGUCAUCGAGCAAGAGACUCAAACCAAGUUAGAUAAAGAGAGUUCUAUUCCGGAAAGCCCAUCGAAGCAUGCCCUUGCAGAAAAUGCCAACCUAUCAUCACCUCCCAAGACACCUGCCUCGACACGCACUCUAGCCAAUGCGUAUACUGCUCUCACGGCGCCUAGAGCAUCGAUCGCUCACGUUGCUCGUAUCACUGCUGCAGUCUUUGGUCAAGGUACUACACAGCGCCUUCAGGGAUUGAAUCUACAGCAAAAAGCAGCCUUGUGUGCUUUGGUGGCACUCGACCGAAAGCGACGUAACAUGGAGAUUUAUGCUACGCCGUCCAAGUCCAGAGUGAACGCACCCACUGUGCGAGAGCUCUUUGAUACCUAUUGCUCGUUGUGCCGCAGUGACAAUAUUCUCCAUCCCCUUACUGCAACGGAGUUCAAGGAUGUUGUGGGUAGUCUGGAGACAUUGGGUCUUGUUGGAGAAUUUCAGGGUCGUGGUCGUGGUGGUACUAUUGCCGGCGGGUCAGGGAUCCUCCGCACACCAUCUAAGAGUGGAAGCAGUUCCUCGACUCCUUCCAGAGGAAGCGAUGAGAAAGGUUUAGCUUGUUUUGUGACUGAAAAAGAGAUUGUAAGCCAGAUUUCUGGACCAGGUGAGGGUAUUCUUAAAGCAUUGCUUGCGGGUGAUUGUCUAUAG